GAAAAAUCUUGGAAAAACAUAAUCUUCAUUCGAUCUUGUUCCUCUUCUCUCUCCCUUGAAGCGUUAAGUUGCUUAACCCAACUCGAAGGAAAAGGAGAUUAAAAUGGAGACUUCAUCCAAGUACUUCGCUGAGCUAGGAAUGGAGGAUCCGAGCAUAUUCGAGCAGUACCCGGUGGAGUGGGGGUACGAGGUUGAUGACUUCCAGGAUAGCUACUCGUGUUUCAACUCCAAAAGAAGCCGUAAUGAAUGGUUCCCGGUGGAGAGUCCGGAUUCGGUUGCCCAACCAAGAGAAAGCAAGCAACUAAAGAGCAGCAACCACAACAUUAGCUGGACCUCCUAUUGCACCCCUACAACAAUCGCUGACCCCUUCAUUCCUUCCAACCAUUCUGCUUCUAAUUCCACCUCCCAAAUCCUCUCUUUCGAGAACUCUAACUCAUCCCCCGACGUCGCUUCUCACCAAUUUUACAGCUUGGAUUCUAGUACUGUGGUCAAGCCUAAAACGGAGGCUGUUUUCUCUGCUGAUAACCUGGACUUCAGUGCACCAUUUUCCAUUUCUCAACCCAAUUAUGACCACAAACCUGAUUCCUUUUUUCUCCCACAUGAGAGAAAACCUGCCAUCAUCACCAGAAAUCCCGUCCAAGCUCAAGAUCACGUCAUGGCCGAAAGAAAACGAAGGGAAAAGCUCAGCCAGAGGUUUAUUGCUCUUUCGGCCAUUCUUCCCGGGCUCAAAAAGAUGGAUAAGGCUUCAGUCCUAGGAGAUGCUAUCAACUAUGUGAAACAACUACAGGACCGCGUGAAGACUCUGGAGGAACAGGUAGCCAAGAAGGCCGUUGAGACCGCAGUUUUCGUCAACAGGUCUGUUCUCUAUGCCGACGAUGAUUACUCCUCAUCCGAUGAAAAUUCCAACAGCCACUCCCUCCGGCCAUUGCCCGAAAUCGAAGCAAGAGUUUCGGGCAAGGAGGUACUCAUCAGAAUCCACUGUGACAAACACAAUGGAAAUGCAGCCACCAUACUCACCCAGUUACAACAUCUUCAUCUCACUGUCCAGAGCAGCAGCUUCUUGCCCUUCGGGAAUGCCACUCUUGAUAUUACUAUUGUUGCUCAGCUGAACAAGGAACAGCGCGUGACAGCAAAGGACAUAGUGAGAAGUCUGGGGCAGGGUCUGAGGCAAUUAAAUUGAUGGUCGGUUCGAGAUGUGUUCGCACGUGCUUCGUCUUACAGUAACAUUGGAUAUGAUCAGGAAUAACUUCUGUUAAUAAUAAUUUUUACCAGGGCGCUUUCCUUUCUUCCUUUUUUCUUCCAUUUGGAUUCUGGAGGAAUUUGAGGCGUGCCCGAGUGUCUCUUACCAUAAAUCAGUUAACGUGGGUUUGUUUUGUUGCCAAGUCUGAGCGGUGACGCCACAAAGGGUUUUCCUUCUUGUUUUUGCGUAGUUCACUGCUGAUUCGCUGCGUUAACCUACCCGCAAUGGCUCGUCGCUUUAAUUUGGUUUUGUUAUUUUUUGGGCGGAUUUUUGAGAGGGUGUGAAUAUUCAAUUACACCUCUUUCUUUCAUCUUUCCCGUUGUGAAAAUGGCCUAGUUUAUCCAAAGUCGUUCUAUGCAUCAACACAAUAUUCCUUAAUGCAGUAUACUUGUGUUUGUAUGAUCUUGAA